CAAGGUGUAAGAAGGUUCAAGCUGUAGGCUUGCCAUGGGGUGACAGCAAGCCAUGCGACGCUGCCGGGCAAAAGCGCCUGCAGCGCUCAUUCUGGGUGCAAUCGCGUGCCUGAUUGCAGCGUCCCUGCCGCGCAGCUGGUGGAAUCAGGAUGGAUCAAGUUUCUCUUUGCUGGCUCCAAAGUCAUAUCGCGGCCUCCAUCCAACGUCAAGCCACCACCACAACACGAUCAGUUGGAGCAUGGUCAUUCAUGACGCCUCCAUUGUGAUGAUUUUUGCGACAGUUGGCUACGCGGCCGCGUACUCACAGCAGCGCUUGCUGUGCGUGCCCCACGCAGUGGAAGAAUGGGCCCCGGGCCCGCCCAGCCCGCAGAGCGGCGCGCUUCUCGCGGCUGGGCUUUAUGGCGCAAACAUCGCCUACAACGUGGUCAACAAGCGCUUGUUGCUAGCACACCCGCAUCCUUGCCUGGUGACGGGCAUGAACCUCUUUUCCUCCGCGGGGUGCUGCGUGCUUUGCUGGGGCUUGGGCCUAAUGCGCUGGCCGGGACGCCUGGAAUCCUCGGUCUAUCUGAGGCUGCUGGGGCUGGCGGUGUUCCACUGGGGUGGGAUGCUGUUCUCCAACAUCUCCGUAGCGGAGGUGCACAUCUCCUUCACCCACACUGUGAAGGCUGCGGAGCCGUUCUUCACCGCCUUGUUCACCGUAGCUCUCCUUGGCAAGAAGCCGACCAUCCGCGCUUGGCUCAGCUUGUUGCUGGUUAUUGCUGGCAUUGUUGUCGCCUCUACGGCUGAAACUUCGUUCACUUGGGUCGGCUUUUGGGCCGCCAUGGCCUCCAACGUCAUGGUGUCGUUGAGGACGGUGCUGUCCAAGAGAUUGAUUGAAAGCCACAUCCUGGACCCGCUGAAUUUCCAAGCAUUGCUGCAGUGCGGAGCAGCUCUGGUUUCGGUGCCAGUGGCUUUGUGCUUCAACCUGCAUGCAGUGAAGGAGAUUGCUUUGGACCCUUCGGCAGUUUCAUCGGCGAUUAUGAUUGGGCCACUUGUGUGGAUCUUCAACGUUGCCUCGAUCGUGGUGCUUGUUCACAGCUCCCCGGUGGUGCAUGCCAUGAUCCGGUCCAUGCGGAGGCCCCUCCUGGUGCUGGCGUCCAUCAUCACGUUUGGCACAUGCCUCACCUGGCUGAAUGCGAUGGGCAUUGCCGUGACCAUCCUGGGGGCCUUGUGGUUCCGCUACGAGAAUGAGGUGAAGCUGGAGAGAAAGCCAUCGACUGGAAACCUCAAGCGGCUGCAUGCCAACGCCAGGCAUCGAGCGAUACCGUAGUCGAUCCUUUUGUAGGAGCCAGUUGGGCUCGUUAAUUCACUCGCGUGAUUUUGCAAUGCACACCACCCCUGGGUGAGACGUAGCCGGAUGCUUCGCAUUGACUAGUUUCACUCGAGGCUUCGGAACCGAAAGGAGUUGGCAGUUUGCCAUGGACCUGCCCCUUCGCGGCAAAGGGUGUUCGAAAGGGCGCGUAUAUUUGCUCUCUCCUCGGCAGAACCGCCAUGAGCCGAGAGAAUAGUUCUGGGGUCAUGCAGAAGGAACAGCACUGCGCCCUUCCAUCUUGAAGGCACGUGG